GGCGGGUCAUAUCUAUCUUCGAAGAAGGGAACGGGAGAAGUACAACACAAUUGCAAAGGAAGGGCUAACAGGCUCUGGAGAUGAACAGGAUCCGGAUUCACGUGCUGCCGUCCAGCAGGGGUCGCGUAGCGCCCGCCGCCCGCUCCCAGGAGCCCCAGACCUGCUCCUUCUCCCAGCGGCCCUGCUCGCAGCCCCGCCUGGAGGGCCUGGAGUUCUGCAUAAAGCACGUUCUGGAGGACAAGAACGCCCCCUACAGGCAGUGCAGCUACGUCUCCAACAAGAACGGCCGGCGCUGCCCCAACGCGGCGCCCAAGCCGGAGAAGAAAGACGGGGUGACGUUCUGCGCCGAGCACGCCCGCAGGAAUGCCCUCUCCCUCCAGGCCCAGAUGAGGAAGGUGUCGUCCGGGCCCUCCCCGGAGGUGCUCCUGUCCCAGCUGAGCGGGUACAGCCGGCCCGAGACCGGGGUCCCCGGCCAGGACGGGAGCCGCAGCGAAGCCAGCCGAAUGCUGGACGAGGACAGCUGGAGUGAGGAGGAGCAGGACUCCGUUUUGCUGGACCAGACGUGGAAGGGGGACCCCGACAGCGAGGCAGACAGCAUCGACAGCGAUCACGAGGACCCCCUAAAACACGCGGGGGUGUACACUGCAGAAGAAGUAGCCCUGAUCACUCGCGAGAAGCUGAUCCGCCUCCAGUCGCUCUACAUCGACCAGUUCAAGCGCCUGCAGCACCUGCUGAAGGAGAAGAAACGCCGCUACCUGCACAGCCGCAAGGUGGAGCACGACACCGUAGGGAGCAGUCUGCUCACAGGGCCCGAGGGCUUGUCCAUGAAGGAGCGGGAGAACCUGAAGAAGCUGAAGGCCCUGCGCCGUUACCGUCGGCGAUACGGUGUGGAGGCGCUGCUGCACCGGCAGCUCCGGGAGCGCCGGCUGGCUGCCACCGAGGGAUCCGUCCUGCAGGCCCACUCUGCACGCUCCAGUCAGAGGUGCAUCUCCUUUGUGGAGGGGGUGCGCUGCUCCAGUCAGAGUCUGCCGAUGACCCGCCACUGCGUCUCCCAUAUCUACCAGGACAGUAACCAGGUGCUGUUUAAGAUGUGCCCGGGCCUGAAGGACGUGCCCUGCGACCGGCCCGUCCACAUGGGCCAGUCGGAGGAGCCGCGCUGCCCCCUGCACCUGUCCCUGCCGCCCCCCAUGUACCAGCCCGAGCAGGAGCCGCUGGUGCCCGAGGAGCUGACCCCCGCCCCCACCGAGCUGUACCUGAGCGCCGCCGAGCUGCAGCCCACCGAGAACCUGCCGCUGGAGUUCAGCGACGACCUGGACGUGGUGGGGGACAGAAUGGAGUGCCCGCCCUCCCCGCUGCUGUUCGACACGGCGCUGGCCCUGGAGGACCAGACCAUCCGCGAGAUCGCCGAGGCCCCCAUGGACAUCCUGACGGGCGCGGAGCAGGCCGAGCUGGAGCUCUCUGAGAGAGGGGCCAUCCCCAUGGAGGAGGACCAGGUCGUCUCGGAGACCGGUGUGACUGGCGCCCCGGAGGGAGGGGCCAUGGGAGACGGCACGGCGAACGACUUCGGCAUAACGGCGAACGCCACAUGAGAGCCACCGCGUGCGCACAACCAGCGGCGUGGACGGGACGGCCCGGGGACGCCGUUUCAACACCAAACGAACAAAUAAAAACGCCCUUAAAAGCAGAGACUUCGCUGCACCCUUCGCCGGGGCCCCAGACCUCUCUCGCCAGGGUGGACCUGCUACGGAGGCGAGGGGGGGACAUGGUUCCCUCGUUGUGUUCUUGCGCACGGUCGCUUUCCCGCAGGGUUCCCUGGUCCUGACGUCCUGAGAUCCUGUCUGGUUUUGAAGGGGGUCUUUGAAGCGGUCUGCAGCUCCCAGCUCCCAAGUGUUCGCCAGGUGUCACUAGCUGCAGAUACCAUGCUGUUAAUAAGCCCUGUUUGUAACUGUUCAGAAGAAUUAAAAAAACAUGACCAAUGUA